CAUGACUUACCUCCUCAACAUUGUCUCCCCUAAUUUUCUCUCUCUUUUCUUUCUCUCUCUAAAUACCCACCUUCUUUCUUGCUUCUAGUUGGUUAAAGUUUGAGUCUUUAGCUUAAAUAAUUAGCACCCUGUACUAAAUUUUUUGAUGGUACUAGAAAUAAGUCAGAAAUUCGAAGAAACCCUAAAAAAGAAGUGGAUUUUCAAGUGAUUUCUAUGAAGUUUUGGAGUUUUUUGAUACUUCUAUUAUCUUGUUGUUUUCUUGGGUGGUUUACAUCUGAGGUUUAUGGAGGUGAUAUAGUUCAUGAAGAUGAUAAAGCUCCCAAAAAACCUGGUUGUGAAAACAAUUUUGUAUUGGUGAAAGUGCCAACUUGGGUUGAUGGGUUUGAAGACAACGAAUAUGUGGGAGUCGGUGCUCGGUUUGGCCCCACACUUGAGUCGAAGGAGAAACAUGCCAACCAAACAAGACUCGCUCUUGCAGACCCUCCUGAUUGUUGCAGUCCUCCCAAAAAUAAACUUACUGGUGAAGUUAUUCUAGUAUACCGUGGUAAUUGCAGUUUCACUACAAAGACGAAUAUUGCAGAGGAUGCUGGUGCUUCAGCUAUCCUUAUCGUGAAUAACAGCACCGAACUCUUCAAAAUGGUGUGUGAGGAUGAUGCUGAUACAAAUAUACGCAUUCCUGCUGUAAUGCUACCAAUUGACGCUGGUGAAACCUUGGAAGAUUUACUGUUCAACAAUUCCAAGGUUAAUGUGCAGCUUUACUCCCCAAGGCGCCCGGCUGUUGAUGUGGCAGAAGUUUUUCUGUGGCUCAUGGCGGUUGGUACAAUUUUAUGUGCAUCUUAUUGGUCUGCUUGGAAUGCUCGGGAGGCAGCUAUUGAGUAUGACAAGAUGUUGAAGGAUGCUUCAGAGGAUGUUGCGGUUCCCGAAGAAACUGGUUCGGCUGGUUUUGUGGAUAUCAGUACCAGAUCAGCACUUCUUUUUGUCGUGGUUGCUUCUUUAUUUUUGGUUAUGCUGUACAAACUCAUGUCGGUCUGGUUUAUCGAUGUUCUGGUGGUUCUAUUUUGCAUUGGUGGGGCAGAGGGUUUGCAAACUUGUUUGGUGGCAUUGUUAUCAUGUUUCAGGUGGAGUAAACAUGCUGCCGGAACAUUUGUUAAGCUGCCCAUAUUUGGAGCAGUCUCAUAUCUUGCAAUGGCUGUUUCUCCAUUCUGCAUACUUUGUGCUGUUCUUUGGGGUGUUUAUCGCCGUGAACCCUAUGCAUGGAUUGGUCAAGACAUCCUUGGUAUUGCCUUGAUUCUCACAGUACUUCAGAUCGUACGUGUACCCAAUCUCAAGGUCGGGACAGUUCUUCUCAGUUGUGCAUUCUUUUAUGACAUAUUUUGGGUCUUUAUCUCCAAGUGGCUCUUCCAUGAGAGUGUUAUGAUUGUGGUUGCACGUGGUGAUAAUAGUGGAGAAGAUGGAAUUCCAAUGCUACUAAAGAUACCGAGGAUGUUUGACCCUUGGGGUGGUUACAGUGUCAUUGGAUUUGGGGACAUUAUCUUACCCGGACUAGUGAUAGCCUUCUCAUUACGAUAUGAUUGGCUGGGAAACAAGAAGAUUCAAGCUGGAUUCUUUUUGUGGGGAAUGAUUGCUUAUGGUUUAGGUCUCCUUGUAACGUAUGUGGCACUGAACUUGAUGGAUGGACAUGGACAACCAGCUCUCCUCUACAUUGUACCUUUUACACUCGGCACAUUUUUGUCGCUUGGAAUCAAAAGAGGCGAGCUUAAGAAUCUAUGGACAAGAGGAGAACCCGAGUGGCCUUGUCCUCAUGUUCGACUUCAUUCAUCUCAAUGACGGGUUAUUUUUUAGGAUGUAACAUUAUCAACUAUCAGGACUCUUUUAGAGGGAUUUUUGAUCCCUAUGUAAGUUGUAGGAGAUGUAACAUAAUGUUUGGUAUAGUUUUGAUACUUUACCGCUGUCUCAGGGUUAUGUAGUUACCCAGUUAUAGAAGAGCAUUUUCUUUUUACCCCCUCUUUUUUCGAGUUAAGAUUAUUCGUGGGAUAUCCCAUCCGCACUCCUUUAAAGUCUCGUGUUUUCGUUCUCGACUCUCGAGCACCCGAUUCAACGUAACGGGCUGCAAGAAAACUUUUCUCGAGUGCAGAUAGAAGUUCCCUCAUUCAUAUGUUUGAUUCUUUCUGAUGUUCUGCCGUAUGCCUGUUCGAAACAAUGUAAUACAAGCACCUGAGCAGUUUGUUGUUUGAGAAACAUUUUGUGCAUUUUACAUUCCUUUUAUAACGAAGCAGACCCAAGGCCAAGUCACUAUGUGUCAA